AUGAAGCGAGCAUUGCGUUCAAUUUAUGCGGACAUAUAUGUAAAAGAUGCUCAUCGUGUCAGGGGUACACCACGUGUUGCUCGGCCUUGGAGGCCUAAAGUUAUCGCUUGGGCUGGACCAGCUGCAUUUUAUCGUAAUAGAUUUUAUGAGCCGAAUGCUUGGUAUAAAGCACGAAUAACAAAACCUGUACUUUAUCCGAAAAUGUAUGUCAUUGAUCCAGACAAUCAUUUGUUGUCGCUGAAAGAACGUUUAGCAGUACCGGAGACACAAAGAUAUGACAUUGGUUUCAAGAAAAAAAGUUCGAUAUCAAUACCAUCGCAACUAUGGGAGCCGGAAAAUGUUCUAAAAUCAUCUAAGAAAAUGCAGUUGACAAUAAAUUUAAAAGCGGUGGAACAUUGGCAGUUGAGUAUUUUUCAUCAUUAUCGCAUAUUUGAUGAUCUUUUUCACUCAAACAUCUUCUUCCACAAUACACAAAAUAUGCAACUUAAAUGGGGCAGUAUUGGUCUAUAUCAGGGAAAUCUGAUCGAUGCCGCUGAUACAAGUAAAAAGCCAGAAAUAUCGAUUGAAUCAUUAGAUGGCGGAUUCAGUUCAUUCAUAUUGUUGAAUCUUGAUGGAAACCCAUAUGACUGCAGUGGCGAAGUUGUGCAUUGGCUGGUAGCUAAUAUUCCCGAUGGUAAAUCUGUAACUGAUGGGACAGAAAUAGUUCCAUAUCUGCAAGUGAUGCCAUUCAAAGGAACUGGUUAUCACAGAAUUGCUUGUUUAUUGUUGCGGCAUAACGAAGUUAUUAAUUUAGCUUCAAAAAAACCAAAAAGUGUAACACUGAUGAGUCGAAUCUUCAAUGUUGGCCGAUUGUAUAAAGAGUUUGAAAAACAAUGGACUCCUUCUGCUCUUUCAUUCGCUCAAGCUUCAUGGGAUGUUUCUGUUAAUGAAACGCUUCACAGAAUUGGGAUGAAGUCACCGAUUUAUGAAUAUCAAUAUAAUCCGCCAGUGAAAGUGAGCCAGAAGGAAUUUCCAUUAAAACCUCAGCCGUUUAAUUUAUACUUGGAUCAGUUUCGAAAUCCAAAGGAGGUACAUGCGGAUUUGUUGAAGAGACGUUUGCAAAUGCGAAGGAUAGAUAAAAACCCGGAACAACCUAAAUAUCCUGACAUCGACUAUGUUGAACAUAAGAAGAACAUGCCGUUUUGGCAGCAUGAUAAUUUGAUGAGGAAGAAUUCUGGAUCCGGUCGAUACAAAGCUCUAUGGAGCAAUCCAAUCAGCUAA